AUAUUCCCGAACUGUUGGUAUAUCAAACCGUUCCUGACCGCGGAUAUCAGAACUAUAGUAGUAUUUACCUUACACAGUGCGAGCCUAGUUGGUCUCUCGAAACGGAUCGCAAUUGGACGAUAGCGAAGAUGAUUUUACUGUAUGUAAUACCGCUAAUAUUCAUGACGGUGGCCUACUGUCAAAUUAUACGUGUCUUAUGGCGUUCGGGGCACGUAAGACAACAUGCGUUAGAUAUUUCGGACGGAAGACAGAUGAACACAUUUGCCAUGAAUACAAAUACCAGUACAGAGAGCCAACUGCGAUCUAGAAGAAAAGCCGCAAAAAUGUUGUUUGCCGUUGUAAUAAUGUUUGCCGUGUGCUAUUUUCCUGUUCAUCUACUGUGUAUACUUAGGCUUACCAUUUCCAUGAAGAACACAGAUACAAACAAAGCCCUUUUUAUGUUUUCCCACUGGUUAUGUUACGCAAACAGCGCUGUCAAUCCUAUAAUUUACAAUUUCAUGAGUGGUAAAUUUCGUAAAGAAUUCCAUCGAGCUUUUGAACACUGUUGUCAGUCGUCAAGUAAUCGACAGCACGAUUACCAAUUGAGUUAUUUAAACCAAACGAAUACGGAGAGGGAUUCGGGCUCAAGAUCGCUAUCGCGAUCAUCGAAAAGAACUCUCACGGAAAUCAGAAGAUUGGAUACACUUGGACGGGAAUCUCCCAAUCAUAUACGGAAUAACAAAAGUAGACGUAACAGUGAAAAGACCAUCGUGUCCAAACUUGAUAUGUGACUGUAAACCCCAAAAGGAUAGUCUUAAAUUGUGUAGCUUUUACGACUUACUAACUGUGACAUUUUGACUCUCACUUUGACGUUCCGUUGCAUGAAACUUCAUGCUUUUUUUAUUAUUUUUUUAUUAUAAAUAAUUGUAAUCACUAGAUGUAAUCCAAUGCUAUGACAACUGUAUAUGUAGUAUAAUUAUUGUUCAAACAUUCACAAUGUCAUACAGUCAACCAAAUAGGUGGUGUGUUAGCAGAUUAAACAUAUUUUUUUAAAAG